GGACUCGGAAGCUGUUCGGAGGAAACAGAGGGAUGUGGCUGCAGACGGUGUUGGUGCCUCUUCUCAGGCUGUAUUUAUGCGGAGUUAAAGUUCUUAUCUAUCAAAUGUUCAACAGAUCUUUUACGUUACCAGUCUUACCCAAGCAAAAUGGAAGGGUUGCCAUUGUGACUGGGGGUACCAGAGGAAUGGGUUUUGAGGCAGCGAGACACCUGGCAAGCCUGGGCAUGCAUGUUUUCAUAGCUGGGAACGAGAGAGAAGAGGGCACAGCAGCUGUCAGGAGGAUUCAAGAGGAAUUCAGCGAGGGCAAAGCUGAGUUUCUCUUCAUGGACAUGACCUCGCUGAAAUCAGUGCGACAGUUUGUUCAGAAGUUCAAAGACAGAGGUCUCCCACUCCAUGUUCUGGUUAACAAUGCUGGAACCAUGCUGGUUCCUGAGACACACACACAGGAUGGCUUUGAGUUACACUUUGAGCUCAACUACCUCAGCCAUUUCCUGCUUACCAACCUGCUUAUGGAUAUUCUGAAGAGGUCAGGAAGACAGGGUUGCUGCUCGAGAAUCAUCAACAUGUCCUCCGCUACACACUACGCAGGAGUUAUGGACAUGGAUGAUCUAAACAGGAAGCUAUGCUACAGUUCCCAUGCUGCCUACUCCCAAAGCAAACUGGCUCUGGUCCUCUUCACCUACUACCUGCAGGAGCAGCUGACUGCCGGCGGCUUCCCAGUGACCGCUAACGCCGUGGACCCUGGCAUGGUGGACACAGCACUGUACAACAACCUGUGGAGCCUCGCACAGGCUAUGAAGAAACCAGUGGCCAAGAUACUGUUCAGGACUCCAGCAGAGGGAGCAUCCAUAGCCAUCUAUGCUGCAGCUGCCUCUGAGAUGGAGGGGUUGGGGGGCUGUUACCUUUACAACGGCGAAAAGAAACAAUCUUCUGAUAUCUCCUAUGACUCCGAGCUGCAAGCCAAGCUGUGGAAGAAAAGCUGUGAGCUUGUGGGCCUCCAGGAGGCCUGACGCACCUCGCCAUGACCUUCACACGGGUAUAGCUCCGCAUGCUCCCGAAUCAUCCAAGAGGUGGUGACUGGAGAUUAUUAAUAUUUAACCACUGCCUUAAUUACUAUUGUCAACACACUUAAAUAUGUACAAUUUUAACUUGAAUCCCCAUGCUACCAGCAAAUUUUGUGUCAUAUAUGUUUGGUGAUAGAAGUCAUGUUGAUAUGAUGUGUAAUUCUAUGUGUAAACUGAGCUAUUGUCUCAGCCACUGCUCAUUUGGUUGUUUCGGCCCCAUGUGCUCUUACCUCCAUUUUUAUUUUUCUUGAAGAAAUCAUCUGCAGAGUUCUUCAUGUGCCAAAUGCACUUUCGUAUGUCAUUUAGCCACAGACAGCCUUAGCUUAGCCUUUUCUUUGUGCUUAUAAAGACACCAUAACUCUAGCCGUGUCCCAUUUCAGACACUAAAUUCAAACUUGGGGGGGAAAACAAUGCAAGCCAGCUAAGAAGAAGCACAUAUUUUCCUUCCCGCUUCAGUAAUGAUCACUUGUGAUUAGUUUGAUUUAAAAAUGCAGUGUCUAUGGCCUGGAUUUUUAGCUUAACACAUUAAAAAAAAAUGAACUAACAUUAUGAACAGAAUUUGAAGAAAGAUAACGGCAGCGAACAAGACUGUGAGCAGCGUUUGGUGGUUACUCUGGUGAUAUAUGCUGCCUCUUAUAUAUUUUUUUACGAUACCUUUCAGUUCUGCCUAUAUUUUACAAGUUAGCCCUUUUACGCUGCAAGUCAUCCAAUCAGCAAAGGCCUAAGCAAACAGUCUGCUUCAUUGACCAAAAGGAUUUUAAAAGACUUCCCAAAGAAGACCACUGUCCUUUAUCUGUGCAGCAGCAGUUGUGUUAUUGAUCAUGGUGUCCAGGUUGAAAGUGUUAUUUUACUUUCUGUUAGUAUAAAAAGAAGUACAUCUGUGUCUGUAAUAUCCUCUGGUCUGUCAUGUUGUACCUCUCUCCCCUAUAAAAUAUACUGUAUACAUUUCUGUUUGAAAGUGUAUUCCAAUCAAAUGUUCAAUUUACCAUUUUCCACAUUUUCCACUGUGUAUUAAUAUUUAGUCAUAUGAGUAGUCUGUUUACUUUUAUCGUAUCAACAGAUUGAGAAAGAUGUACCACUUGUGGCAAGAAUAUGUUGAUUGGUAAUAAAAAAAAAUACCUAAUCCA